GAUUUAUUAAGGGAAAUAUAAGAUGUUAUUGAAAUAUAGAGAAGUUAAAAGUAGAAAUUAGAGAAUAAGAUUGUAUAAUUGAUUAAGAUAAUUAUAGUUUGAUAGAGAGUGAAAAAGAAGUAAUUGAAUUGAUUUAAGUGGAUUAGAGUUUUUGAUUAAAAAUAAGAAUAUAAAGAGGAGAUGAAAAGUGAGAAUAGUUUAGAUAGAUUUAAGAGAAUGCUUAAAUGAAUGAUUUGAUAGAUGAUGUGUAGACAAGAGCGUUGAAAAUAAUAACAAAAUUUUUGAACAAUUUCAAUAAAGUUCAUUAAUAAUUAUAAUAAUGAGAGUCUGUGUAUGGUUUUUAUGGUGUUGAAAAUAUGAAGUUGAGUUGAGGAAGAGUUCUG